CGGACCCGGGCCGGCGCUGCUGUGCGGCUGGGCGGCGGUGGGCGCCGCUGCCCUCCUUGCAACCCCGCGCUGUCAUGCCCCCGCCGCGCGGCGGGCGGCUGCGUCCCGGAGCCGCUAUAUAAGCGCUGGCCAGGGGACACCCGGAGGGGCUGAAGAUGAAGGUGCCCGCGUAUGGGCUCCCGCUGAUUGCCAACCCCUCCCGAUCCCGCGCCGCGCGCGGAGCCCGAGGCCGCCGAGGACCCGCCUUCGCCGCAGUAGCAGCUGGAGAAGCGACAGGGGCGGCGGCGGUGGCGGCAGCGCCCGUCUCACGCGCGCGUACAGCGGCGGCGGCAGCUCGGGGGCCGCCGCUGCCCCGGCUGCCAUGAGUUGUGCGGAGGUGAUGUAUCACCCCCAGCCGUAUGGAGCGCCCCAGUAUCUGCCCAACCCCGUGGCAGCUGCAGCCUGCCCCACAGCCUACUACCACCCGGCGUCCCAACCUGGCCAGCAGAAGAAGUUAGCGGUAUACAGCAAGAUGCAGGACUCUCUGGAAGUCACCCUUCCCAGCAAACAAGAGGAGGAGGAGGAUGAGGAGGAGGAGGAGGAGGAGGAGGAGAAAGACCAGCCUGCCGAGAUGGAGUACCUUAACUCUCGCUGUGUCCUUUUCACUUAUUUCCAGGGAGACAUUGGGUCAGUAGUGGAUGAACACUUCUCAAGAGCUUUGGGCCAAGCCAGCACCCUCCAUCCAGAAUCUGCCAUUUCAAAAAGCAAGAUGGGGCUAACCCCCCUAUGGCGAGACAGCUCAGCUCUCUCAAGCCAGCGGAAUAGUUUUCCAACUUCCUUUUGGACCAGCUCUUACCAGCCCCCACCUGCACCCUGUUUGGGGGGAAUUCAUCCUGAUUUCCAGGUCACUGCACCCCCAGGCACCUUUCCUGCCGCUGAUCCCAGCCCCUGGCCAGGACACGGCCUGCACCAGACUGGCCCAGCCCCUCCCCCUCCUGUAUCCGAGUCCUGGCACUAUCCCUUGGCAUCUCAGGUGAGCCCAUCCUACAGCCACAUGCAUGAUGUGUACCUGCGGCACCAUCACCCCCACGCCCACAUGCACCACCGCCACCACCACCAUCACCACCACCACCGCCCUUCCGCUGGCUCUGCCCUGGAUGCGUCCUACGGGCCCCUGCUGAUGCCAUCAGUGCGCACGGCCCGGAUUCCUGCUCCCCAGUGUGACAUCACAAAGACAGAUCCCACUACAGUCACCACUGCUACCUCAGCGUGGGCCGGAGCCUUUCACGGAACUGUGGAUAUAGUGCCAAGUGUGGGGUUUGAUACAGGACUACAGCAUCAAGACAAGAGCAAGGAAUCCCCAUGGUACUGAAAUACACAGUAUUUUCAAGUUGGGUUGGAUUGUGAAUCUAUGGACCCACUGGGACAAAAUGCUACCGGGACUUUCUGUUCUGCAAUGGGACACAGUAGACAUGGAAGAAGAGGAAAUAUCAGCCAGCUGACUGUGGUGUGGAGCCUUUUCUUGAGGAAGCAGAGUGGGUCCUAGACAUUGAAGAAAAGCAUUUUGUUUGUUUUUUCCCUCAUCUGAGCCUUUGCCAACCGUGCAACCCUUUUUGUCUUGCUUUAUCAAUACAUGGUUUACUUUUUGUUUCAUUUUGAUUUUUUUUUAACCAACCACCUUAUCAGGAAAAGAUGAACCACAAAUGAAAAUGCUCAUUCUUUCAGGAAUACAAUUUUGUAGCUCUACGUGCAUCUAUUUUUGUAGAAAUACAGAAAGUUUGAUUUAGCAUUAAUGGGCUAUUUUUGAGGGAUGUAUUUUUUUUUUAAUAUUGUAAAAAUGGUUAAGUUCUGUUUCAAGAACUUGAUCUCAGAGAAGCACUGGCAAAAUGUUUAAAAUGCUUGUCUUUAAGAUGUCUGUGAUAUGCUCUGUGCUUUCUAGGUUACCUCAAAUGUUUGAUAUCGUCUCCUUUCUAUAAAACUCACACCAUAGCCAAGCCAAUAUAGUAUUGUCUUAAAUUAAAUCUCACUGAAGAUUUAAUUCAGUGCUAGCUCACUUAGCUUUGAGAUCUAUGUAUAACUUGAAAAGGAAGUUUUUUAGUGACCACACUAAAGAAGGGAAAAUUCACUAACUUGAUUUCUUCCAAAGAGUAUUUGGAGGUUUAUUAAGAAGAAAGUGAAUAAGCUUUUGACUUGAUGGAGAAUUUUCUUAGACUAGAUAAUGUUCUUUCUCAUCCAUCCAACUAGAGUUUAUAGACAACUGCUGGAAAACAAAAUGCAUUUAACCAGGUUACCUGUUAGUGACAUUGACUCAUGUCCUUCUUUCUAAUUCACUCACUGAAACUUUAAAAAUCAUAUUUUAAGAGGACAUUUUUCCCCCCUGGAAAUAGUUUGAAUAAUAUUUUGAAGUGUACUAGACACAUACCAAGUCCUUUGACUAAUAGCUAUUUCUUAAAUGUUGCCUACCAAUGUAAACUGAAAAUAAUAGUAUAUUGUUUAUGUAAUAUAUAAACAUGGAUUUAGAAGCUUUCUUCCUUUUGGGUUUCAAUCAGUUUUUAGUGGAUCUAAUUCUUUAAAAACAAAAAGACAAAAAAUUAAAAUGGAUUUUAGAGUACAAGUUACUGAGAUUGGGCCAAAAAUUGGUAAUUCUAUUAUUGGAAGUAUGUGAUUGAAAACCCAGGAUUUAACUUAACAUUGUCCUGAGGAUCUAAAUAAGGUGAAGUUGAAAUUAUCAUUAAGACCUUGUUUGGAAAACAUUAGGACUAUGAUACUAGCUGUUAAUGAUAUUUUUAAGACUUUCAUUGUCAAAUCCAUUCUAUCUUUUAGCUGCUUAACACAAACAGGUCCUACUUAAAAGUUAGUCUCAUACAGAAGUUUUGAUUGGUUAGGAGCUAUCAAGUGUUCCCCAUCUCUGUCCCAGCCACCCCCAUGUUAAAUACCAUGGUUAGUGAAAUGCCAUUUUCCAUCAUACUUUGCUAUGCCAUAUGCAUGAACAGUUUAGAUUAACAACACUACAUGUACAUUUCUCAUGAAUAAUUUCCGAAUAUUUCACUUCCCCCCAUAUUAUACUUUAGUUUUCUGUCCUGGCACAUCCUGUGAGUAUAAACCUGUUUACACUCCUGUACUAUUAAUCCAUACCUUGCUCCUUCUGAACCAGACUUUGAAUAGCAAUUUGAUUUGAUAUAAUUGGAGUAUCCUAAAUCCGUGAAGUACAGAGUUGGGUGAAUCUGUAAAAUGUGUUUAUCUUGUGUCCUCCUGAGUUUUCAAAGACCAGUAUUCUGGAGUUCUCUUGGGAUAACUCACUGGGGAUUAUUCAUUUCCCUCUUCUUCCCUUAGCUCGCUAUUAACUGUUUUUGCAGUUUCUCUUAGAAAAGUGUUGGACAUGCAGUCAGUCAGAUUAAGUGGAUUAUCCCAGUGAAGAGGAGGAGAAAAGUAUUAAGUUCUUUUCCUCAUUCUCCUCUGAAGUAGGACUGUAGGACAGAAGCAGACAAUUAGACAGCAUCUCCUGACUUUUGACAUCUGUGUUACGCCUAGUAACUACCUGAUAAAACAUUCCUUGGCAAAAGGGCCUAAAAAGAGUUGGAGUUCUGAAUUCUUAGGCAUUCUGGAAUGAAUUGUAAGUAAGAUAUCUUUGAGAACAGACUUAGGUAGUAUUGGCACAUUGCUCUCAGGAGAGAGGACUCGAAUCUAAGCAAAAUGAGAGAGCGCACGUCUCUAAAAUUAUCUGGUCCUCCCUUAUCAAUUUACUAUCACUAUCAGAAGUCAUAAUAGAGAAUGAGUUGUACUACAGCCAGAUAGUCUGAGCUUAUUUUAAGUUAAAAGUGCUGUCACUCAUGGGGUUUGUUUUGCUCACAUCAACAACAAAAAAUGUUGUUGAACUUAAGGACUUCCAAACAACUUUUUUUGAGGGCUAACACUGUCCCCACCCCCGAUUUCUUUUGAAAUUAUGUCACCUUUAACCAAUUUACAAAUGAUACUAUUCAAGCUUUCUAAAGUACUUGGACUAGCCUUUGGAAAAAUCUGUCUACACUUUGACCACCAAACUCUCAUGAGUGAAGGAAAAAUGCAAUGGGGACAAGUUAGACCCUGACUGGUUAUUCGAAAAGAAACCUCUAAAGUUUUAAAACCAAUAUUUCUCAAGGAGGUUAAACAUCCCCUCCAAUGUUUCCCUUUAAUGUUUUUUUUUGUUUUUUUAAAUAAUCAUUUUAAGAGAAAAUAGCUGGAGUUGCUUGCUAAUUUUCAACUGGGAACUCAGUGUUAAUAAUUAAGGAAUUCAUUACUUAAUUUUAUAAUAAGCUUAAAAAACAACAUUCUAGGCACUGGAAUAAAAGAUACUCUCGAGUAGCUCCUUGUUCAUUAUGCAAAUAGUAGUGGCUACUUUCUACUCUCAUACCUGCAGAGUACAGGACAGAAUCUAUCUAGACAGUGCAUUUCCUCUCUGGUUUAAUAUUGCUCUGUCAUUGAAAGCGGGGAGCAAACUAUAUUUCAAGAAACAGUAUUCUACCCCUUCUUGAGUGUUUCUUUUGUCUUUAUUUUCUUCAUAUAAUAUUUGUGAAUGAAAUCAAUUUGACAAUGACUUUACGUGAUAGGAAAGAAAAUAUCACUCUGAGUUCUGACUGUGAAUAAACAGAGAAGCAGAUGAAUUAAUGGAAUAGAUUAUAGGACUGAACAUUAAUUCAUACUCUGAAUUCUACAUUAGCCACAUGUAUUUAUGUGUGACUUUGGGCUUUAUUUAUUUGAUAAGUAAAGUGGAAUAAUGACACCUAUCUGGUAGGCUAUGGAGAUUAGUAACAAUAAUCAUCUGAUUCACCGCAGAUGUUUAUUAAAUGACAACUAAUACAAAUGUCUAAUAGUUGAGUAAGUGAUAAUAAAAUUGAACUCCCCAAUGCUCUUAUCUUACUUUCCAUACCCAUUUUUACAGCAAUCAAAUAGAUAAAGGAUUAUUCUUUUCCCCUCAGAAAGUGUCACAAGAGAAUCUUUGCAUUCAACUAGGUAUUCAAGAUAAAAUGUAAAUUUCUUAAUUAUCCUGUUUUUGUUAGUGUGCAAGUUCUGAAAUAAAUUAACCUCUUUGUGGUAUACAGAUCCAACUCUGAGUUUCUUAUUCCAAAGUUUUAUCCAUCUGGGACCCUUUAUGAUUUUCUCCAAAAUUAAGGUAGUAGAUUUAUUUAAUUACCAAAGUUAAUCUUUUUUUUUGUGCUUCCUUAGCACCUAAGGAAAAACAUCCUUCUUGAAGUUAGUGGAUUUUUUUUUCUUUUUUUACUGCCUUGAAGGAAAAAUUGCAAAAUACGGUGGAAAAAAAAAUUUCCCCAUGAAAGGAGAGAAAAAAAAAAGCAAGUCUUUACGAUCUCAGUCAGCAGAUUUUCUCCACUGAAGAAAAAAA